AGUUCAGCUCAACGAAGAACUUUUGAUCAGCAGAUAUUAACAAAAAGAAGGAAAUGUGAGCAAAGUCUUGGCAGAAACCAUCUUUCUGGGCGGAUGGAAGAAAAGUAUAAGUAGGUAGCCGACGUCUUGAGUCGGAAUCAUGAACAGCUUCAAUCACAGACAAACAGACAACACAGCAUCUCUCUACUCCCUUCGCCUUCAGUUAUCCCACCGGUUUCUUACCUCGAUUUGACCUCAAAUAUACAAAGACACCGACAAUAUGCAGCAACUCUCCCAGCUUGUGGCCUUCUCCAUGCUCGCCGCCUCGGCUCUGGCCAGUCCUCUGCAGCCCAGAGCCCCCGCUGCCGACUGCUAUAUCAACAAAAACACCGCCUGGUGGAUUCCGACGGGAGCCCCUACUACGCCUCCCACGGUGACGCUUCAAACCAUUUGCAAACAGGGCGGCGUUGGAGGAUGCCAGCAAAACCUUGGGCGCUUUUGCGUUCUCGGCGACCUUGACUACUGCGAGAGCCUCGAGGAGACUCUCGACUACUAUCAGAAAUAUGUCAACAAUAGCCACUGGGAGUUCCCCUCCGUGAUUCAGUGCGGCAAUCUUGCACUCAGUGUCGCUGCUACCUAAAAUACAACCGCUUCUUGCGUAUCUGUGGUAUAGUCGGGUUAUGUUAGACACUGGUUAUUAUGGAAAGAAGAAUAGAUAGCCUGCUAGGCAUGAAGGAUAUCACUAUCAAGGGACUGUAUUCACAGUUUACUCAGCUUCAAUCGUUUUUACAUGUAUAUACCGGAAUUGAUGGCUCUUUGGGAUCCUGCAGUCUUGAUGCGAAUAGCGCUUCAAGAAAAUAUAAACGCCUAAGGAGCAGAGAUGCCG